AGGGUAAUGGAGAAGCCGCAGGGCAGAAGAAAGCUGUGCUGUUGAUUAAUGAGGCAGAAUCUGUUGCGAAGGGUGAAGGACCUCAGAAAGUCUCUAUAUGUGCUGUGUUACGCAAGAUAUGGAUGAUGGCGCUCACAAUAGUCAUAGCAUUUGGGGUGACUCUCUCUGUAUUUCCGGCUAUCACAGCAAAUGUGAGGAGUAGCACAGAAAAUGAGACCUGGGGUAAAUUCUUCAAUCCAGUUUGCUGCUUCUUGAUAUUCAAUGUCAUGGACUGGGCCGGGCGAUCUCUGACCUCAUAUGUAUUGUGGCCGGGUCCCGAUAGUAAACUUCUGCCAGUGCUGGCCUUGUGUCGCAUUAUCUUCAUACCGCUCUUCAUGUUCUGUAACCUUCCCAAUCAUAAUUACUUGUAUGUUGCCUUCUCCAAUGAUGCCUGGUUCAUCGUCUUCAUGAUAUUUUUCUCAAUCUCCAAUGGCUACUUUGUAUCUCUUCCCAUGUGCCUCGCACCCAAGAAAGUGCUGCCACACGAGAGCGAGAUGACCGGUGCCAUUAUGACUUUCUUCCUUGCGCUGGGUCUGUCUGUCGGUGCAGGGCUGUCAUUUCUUUUCAAGGCUUUACUAUAAAUCUGACGGCCGACGCGUUAUUUCUGCUGCUAAUUAUCCCUCUCUGCAGAUGAAGUUAUCACAUCUUGCAGUUACAUGCCUUCAUCUCUAGGGAACUGCUACAUUACCCAUUCUGCACCGCUCCUGCUAGAUGCUCUAUAUAUUAGCCAUGUGCAUCAGGACAAAAAUGGCUUCAAGCUUCAUCAUAAGGAACACUCCAGACCCAUUUACCCUCACUGUAAAGGUGAAAACCUUGUUGCGCUCUUCCUCUAUAUGCGUAUAUGUGUGUAUAUAUAUUUUAAAGACAAGUUUUAGCCUUAAAUAGUAAGAAUAGUGACUUUUACAGAAGCCAUUUCUGUAUAACGUGCAAGCUGCUUUGUUGUGUGACUUUGGCAUUUGAGCCCAUCUGCAUUAGCUGAGCCAGUAAGCACGUUGAUAUAGGAGGUCUGUAUACUACUCACGCAUUAUAUGACAUCUGAUACCGAGACCAAAUCUGCUUCACCAAUGCUGGUGACAGAUCAUGUGAGUUUACAGCAAAAGGAAAUGUAUUUUUAUAUGAAAUGAAGUUACCCUUAUUUUACUUGUAUUACAUUUACUGGGAUGCCAGGAGAGGAAUUAACAGGGGAGGGGUAUUUACAUUUUAAUCUUUUUUUUUUUUUUUUUUUUUUUUUUUUUAAUACUUAUUUUAUAUUUAAGAUUUGUAAAUUAGUAUGAUCCAUUAAGAAUGAGCAUUUUUGUAUUUUUCACACUCUUGUUGUUUGCAAUGCAUUUUGUGUUUUGACGUUAUUGAUAACUCGGAAAUUAGGCACUUAUGUCCAAAUUUCUCUACCUCCUCUGGCUGCAAUUCAACAUAAGUGAUAUAUUGUGUGCGGCAUAGUAACAGUGGUAAUGUGUAUCCAUUGUUUUUUUAUUGUUUUAUUUAACACUUUGUAGUGCUGUUUACUUUCUAAUUUUGCUUUGUACACUGAAACCAUGCCACAUUUUAUGAGAACUAUAUGUCCUGUGAGCCAACGCAUUUUGUGCAGACAAAACACCCUUGGAGCUCAUCCAUUUAUUGUAAGAAAAUACCCAGGUCCAAUAUGUUUUGUACACUAGUAGUACGUAUCACAAACCAAAAUAUGGCACAUGUAAGUACUGUUAGUGCCAAGCCAGAACCAGUGCAUUUUGUGUAUUGCCAGUACAUACCUAGCACUGGUGCCUUUUAUAAAUCGCUACUGCAUAGCUAACACUGGUGCGUUUUUAUGAACCAUUACUGCAUAGCUAGCACUGGCGGGUUUUAUGAACCGUUACUGAAUAGUUAGCACUGGUGCGUUUUAUGAACCGUUACUGCAUAGCUAGCACUGGCGUUUUUAUGAACCAUUUCUGCAUAGCUAGCACUGGCGGGUUUUAUGAACCGUUACUGAAUAGCUAGCACUGGCGCGUUUUAUGAACAGUUACUGCAUAGCUAGCACUGGCAGGUUUUAUGAAAAGUUACUGCAUAGCUAGCACUGGCGCGUUUUAUGAACAGUUACUGCAUAGCUAGCACUGGCGGGUUUUAUGAACCGUUACUGCAUAGCUAGCACUGGUGAGUUUUUAUGAACCAUUACUGCAUAGCUAGCACUGGCGGGUUUUAUGAACCGUUACUGCAUAGCUAGCACUGGCGGGUUUUAUGAAAAGUUACUGCAUAGCUAGCACUGGCGGGUUUUAUGAACCGUUGCUGCAUAGCUAGCACUGGCACGUUUUAUAAACCGUUAGUGCAUAGCUAGCACUGGCGCGUUUUAUGAACCGUUGCUGCAUAGCUAGCACUGGCAGGUUUUAUGAAAAGUUACUGCAUAGCUAGCACUGGCGCGUUUUAUGAACCGUUGCUGCAUAGCUAGCACUGGCGCGUUUUAUGAACCAUUGCUGCAUAGCUAGCACUGGCGGGUUUUAUGAACCGUUGCUGCAUAGCUAGCACUGGCGGUUUUAUGAACCGUUGCUGCAUAGCUAGCACUGGCGGGUUUUAUGAAAAGUUACUGCAUAGCUAGCACUGGCGCGUUUUAUGAACCGUUGCUGCAUAGCUAGCACUGGCGCGUUUUAUGAACCGUUGCUGCAUAGCUUGCACUGGCGCGUUUUAUGAACCUUUGCCGCAUAGUUAGCACUGGCGAGUUUUAUGAACAGUUACUGCAUAGCUAGCACUGGCGCGUUUUAUGAACCGUUGCCGCAUAGCUAGCACUGGCGCGUUUUAUGAACUGUUACUGCAUAGCUAGCACUGGCGCGUUUUAUGAACAGUUACUGCAUAGCUAGCACUGGCACGUUUUAUGAACAGUUACUGCAUAGCUAGCACUGGCACGUUUUUGGUUACUAAUAUUGACUACUAAAUACAAAACUACCUGCACCAUACAUAGCGCAAUCCCACCUUCUAAUGUUGCGCGUACAAAAGUCAAGCAUACAUGUAAAUAUAUAUUUACUUUACAGAUGUUAAGUUGCAUAGGAAAGCACAGGUUACAUAUGUGAAACUGAAAUAGCUGAGAGCUACCCUGGGUAAUUUAUAGGACUGAAAAGGGAAGAAUCCUUUAUCAUUUUAUAUUUAUCAUUUUGUCUAAAAGUAAAAUAGAUCUCAUUAACACCAACUAUAAAUUAAACAGAUUUUUUUUUUCUCUUCACAAAAUGACUAAACACCUUUUUUUUUUUUUUUACACAAUGUAUUAAUUGUACAUUUGUGUCAUAGGAAUCAGUCUGUAUUAUGAGUUUCAGUCUCCCAUGAGGGGAAUUUUGACUGGGGUUGGGGGGGGGGGGAUGAAAUUGUUGUGUUACAAAUGUUGUUACAUGAUUUAUAUCAUGAAGGAAAAUUUGUUUUUUCCUAUAUUUGUUUUUCAACUGUACUGAAAAAACUGGAAUUUUCUUUACUUAUUUUUGUAUGAUUAAAUGACUUUUUGUACAAAAGAA